AUGACUUACUUUAGGGAGAGACUGGUGAAUAAGAAUGCUUUGAUUCUAAAUGGUGAACAUUUUCAUAUGAGAUGCACAACUCACAUUUUGAAUUUGAUUAUGAAAGAUGGUAUUAGCGAGAUUAAGGAAUCUGUUAACCGAAUUCAUAAUACGGUUAAGUAUGUGAGGAGUUCUACCAAUAGAAGACAAAUCUUUGAGAGAUGUGUCAAAGAAGAAAUGAUAGGUUAUAAAGGUACGGUGUGUCUUGAUAUUGCUACUCGAUGGAACUCGACUUUUCUCAUGUUGGAAUCGGCAAUCAAAUUCAAAAAAGCUUUUAAAAGGUUGGAAGAGGAGGACUCCAACUACUUGGUUGAAAUGACAUAUGAUGUUCCUUUUGAUGAAGAUUGGGAAAAUGCAACUGUGUUCGCCAAGUUCCUAAAGAAAAAUUAUGAAGCUACAACUAGGAUGUCAGGGUCCAACUAUAUGACUUCUAACAAUUAUUUUCAUGAAAUUGUAGGCAUUGUCACUACUUUAAAUUAUUGGAAGAAAGACUCUAAUGUUUGUCUUAAUGCAAUGUCAAUUAAAAUGAGGGAGAAAUUUAACAAAUAUUUUGGGAGUCUUGACAAAAUGAACGUGAUGGUGUUGAUUGCAGCAGUAUAUAAUGCCGAUGACUACGAAAAGGCUGAAAGGAUGUUCGGAAUCGUGAGACAUGUGUUACAAGAAUUGUUUGAAUUUUAUAAAGGACUUCCAUCAAAUUUAGAUGAAAGUCAAGCUUCUAGUUCUUGUCCAACAAGCGGAAAUGAUCAACCUUUAAUUGGUGCUAGUAGUCAGCGUGGUGGUAUUGUCCCUGACCCUCUGAGGUCGGCAUAUGUGGAGGAGAUGGAGGUAGAGGUACAAGAUGCUGCCAAGUCAGAGUUAGACCGGUACCUUGAUGAUAAAUGUGAAUCCAUAAUGUCUGACUUGAAUGUAUUGGAAUGGUGGAAAGCAAAUGCAUCAAAGUAUAUAGUUCUCUCAGGUAAGGCCAAAGAUCUCUUUGCAAUCCCGAUGUCUACAGUUGCUUCCGAGUUAGCUUUUAGUACAUCGGGUCAUGUACUUGAUAAAUUUCGAAGUUCUUUAUCUUCGCCAGUUGUUGAAUCAUUGAUUUGUACAAGCAGUUGGUUGAAAUGUGCACCAACUCUGGAUGAAGCUUACUUGGAGGAUGCAGAGGCUUAUGAAGUGGAAAUGAUUGGACUUCAAUCACUUGACGAAGGAACAUCCACGCCUAAUUUGGAGCAUUAG